UUUCAACAGCGUUCCUCUUUCUUUUUCUGUACAUUUACCUCUUAACUGGCAGUUUUACAACCGUCUAAAUACUGGAUUGCUGCAGCUCGACUGUGAACGUCCCCGCUAAUCCUUCCCCGUUCCCUUUUUCUUUUCUCUCGAAAACCACAGCGACGGCUUUGGCCGGGUUGGACAUGAUGCCGGGACAGAUACCUGACCCUUCGCUGGCGGCAGGCUCCCUGCCCAGCCUCGGCCCGCUGGCGGGCAUCUCGGCCACCACCCUCACCGACCAGCUGAAGCUGGCAGACUUUCACCAGCUGGGCACCAUGCUGUCGCCGCUGCAUUUCCUGGGGAGGCUGGGGAAGAGGCCGCUGGCCAUCAAGACAGAGAUGGACGAAGACGAAGAAAGAAGGAAACGAAGACGAGAGAAAAACAAAGUAGCGGCAGCGAGGUGCCGAAACAAAAAGAAGGAACGCACCGACUUCCUCCAAAGGGAAUCGGAGCGCCUGGAAACGGUGAACUCGGAGCUGAAGGCCCAGAUCGAGGAGCUCCGUCUGGAGAGACAGCAGCUGAUGGUGAUGCUCAACCUCCACAGGCCCACCUGCAUAGUGCGGACCGACAGCGUGAAAACACCCGAGAGCGAGGCCAACCCGCUGCUGGAGCAGCUGUCCGCCGAAACCAAGUGAGGCCCCGGGAGAAGAGCGGACUCAAAAGUCCUGCAAGCUGAACUUUGACUGCCGAGACAGACGUCUGAACAAAAACAAAA